GCCCGCGCGCCUUCUCAGUUCUCGUUCCAACAACGGAGAGGCUUGCUCCCGCACCGGCCUUUGUUCCCAGCUUCUUCCACUCCAGAACGCGAGCGGCAUGGAUGAGACCGAGGGAAUGGAAGCGUUGAAGGCAGCUUACGCGGAGGUAAUUCUGAACACGAUGAAGGAGGCAGCAGAUCGAGUGAUGGAAUCGGAGCAAAAAUCUCUCCGGAUUGAGCAGGAUCUCCAAUCCACUAAAGACGAGGCCCUCCGAUUGCUCCUUCACUUGAAACACAUGAUCGAUGCCAAGGAAGCUGAGGCUGAAAUGUCGUCCAUAAAUCAGCAGAGAAGGAUUGAUGAGCUAGAAGAGCAGCUUAAUGAAGCAGAAGGUCUGGUAGUAGACCUCCGAGCAGAACUGAACUUGGUUCGGGACGAAUUGGGUGAAGCGAAGAAGAAGAAGAAGAAGAAGACGAUGAUUGUCAAGGAUGAUCCUGUUUUAAGCUCUAUGAUCACAAAAUACAAAGAGGCUGAGAUGUACAGAAAUGGAUUCAUGGAAAGGAUUAGUGCAGUAGAGAUGAGCACAGCGGAUGAGAAAUUGCAGCCUGGAGAUGAUCCAUGUUUUGGUGCUCACAGUAAACCAAUCAGAGAAUGUACUGAAACAAAGGCAGAUGUGCAUGUGGAAGCUUCAUUGAAAAUAAUGAAGAAAAUGGAGAAUCAUAUACAUCAGCUUAAAGGUAACGUGAAAAAGGACCGUCCAACUAGGUUCCAUGGAAAAAUAAGAAGAAGAAAAAGUUGCCAUGGCAAAGCAAAAGCCAAUUUGCAGAGGUGUAGAAACUACUCAAGCACGGGCAACAAAAUCGAUCCUCGUGGUUUUACUGCCACUAAUGUCGAGAAAAUAAAUACAUUGGAUAACUCUUGCGUUUUGGGAGAAAAAGUGCAGCAAAGCAUUGCUCAAUCUGCUCUAGUUCGCAGAAGUGUGAGGAAAAGGAAAAUCAAGUACUGGGAUGAUGCUGCUUCUGUGUGGAGGUCUCAUGACUUUCACUCCAACCAGUGCAGAAAAGUUUCCCAACCAUGUCACAAGUCCAAACCAGUCAAAUGCAAUGUAAAGUUCACUGAAGACCGGUUGGAAUCACAGAGUGUUGUUGAGAUUGAGAACCAUGCUGAGUGUAUAGCAUCACAGCAUGCACCCGAAGAAUUGAAUAGGGAAUCUGAAUGCACACAUAAUACAACCAGAGAUAUCACAGAGCAGGAUAGUCAUGCUACCCCGCUCAAGUUGGAGGGUAGACUACUUAUAUCUGACAGUGAUGCGAAAACAUCUCAAAGAAGCGACGUGACUUUGGAUCAAACUGAUACAGAGGGGCGACUCAGGUACACAUUCUCUAGGAAACGGAAGAAGAAUUCCCUUAUCAACCCAGAUGAGAAUGCUUCUGGAGAGCAGGAUACUACCAUGGCGGAUGGUUCACCGAGGAAAAACAGACAGCUGGCACAGGUUGCUCACCAGGUGAGUGAUAAAUUAUCACUUGCUAUCUGAUCGACAAAAUUGUUAUUAUUAUACUUAUUUCUUUGUCUGGAAAGUGGUCAUAAAUUAAUGGGAAGAACUCAUGGAAAAAGAUGAGAUUUGAGAAGAUGUAGGUUAAAAGCUGGGUGGAGAUGUUCAUGCUGUCUUUUCCAGGGUGCACCAGCUUGUGUAAGUUAAUGUUUUGCAUCUAUGUAAAUAUACUAUGUUGUUGCCACUAUUGGGGGCAUUAUGACUUAUGAUUUGAUGUUAUUCUUAACUUUUGUUUUAAAUUAUAGACUAGAAUUACAAUUAGGAAAA